CAUUACAACCAGAUCUAUAUUUGAACAUACCUGCAAUUGGAUCAUUACAUCUUCUACAUCUUCAUUCAUUCAUUCACUUAUUCAAUCUUUUCCAACUAUAGAACCACAUUAUUGAUUUUUUUUUCUUUUUUAAAUUGCCCUCAUCUCAUAAUGUUAACAGUUAAUUCAACUCCAAAUCCUUUUGAAAGAGCAGGUACUCCCACUUCAUCAUCCACUUCAUGUGGUAUGGAUAGACUCCCAUCCAAUAAUCAUUUAGCCAUCGAUACUGCUUCUAAAACUAUCGAUAGUUUAUCCAAAGAUUCUCCCUUCUAUACCUUAAUUGAAGAAUUAAAAGUUAUCUUAGGUGGGAAAGGAUUACACUCUGAUGAAAUUGAUGUUGACAAGAUCAAACAAUUGAUGGAAAAUUAUGAAUCCAAUGAAGAAGAUUGGUUGAAAUACGCUCUUUAUGAUCCAUCUCGUGGAUAUUCUAGAAAUGGAAUUAUCAAUAUAAAUGAUAAUGCCAAUUUAUUAAUUUUAGUAUGGUCUCCUGGGAAAUCAUCAGCUAUUCAUGAUCAUGCCAAUGCUCAUUGUUGUAUGAAGAUCUUAGCCGGUGAAUUAAUGGAAUCCCUUUAUGAUAUUCCUGAUCAAAAUGAACAGAAGAAAUUAGUUUGUAAAAAGGAAACUUUAAUGACAAGAGAUCAAGUGGGUUAUAUUUCAGAUAAAAUUGGAUUACAUAAGAUUUCUAAUCCAAUUCAAGAUAAAGUUUCAGUAUCAUUACAUUUAUAUACUCCUCCAUAUGCUUAUAUUUAUGGUUGUUCAAUGUAUGAACAAAAUAAUGGUAAGAGACAUCAUGUUGAUAUGAAUAAAUAUUAUAGUUGGCAAGGAAAAUUAAUCAAUCCUAAAGAAAGUCAUAGUUGUUAAUUCCCACUCUUACACCCUUAUUUUUUAAUGUCCAUAAUGAUUUCCAAACACAUAAAUAUAUUCAUGUAUAUAACCUGUUUAUCUAUUUAAUAUUAUAUCUUUCAAUUAGAAUAAC